UGGAAGACAAAGUUCACCCAAGGGCAUACCGCACCGCCGAUGGAGGACAUCCAGCUGCCAUAUUUAAAAGCCAGACUGCAUGGUUACCCAGUCUGAUCUCGUGGCAGAGGUGCCAAGGGACAGGCAAUAUAUAAGUGGUGAACUCCAAACAGACGGCCUUAGAACUUCUCCAGGUUACGUCCCUUGGGACGGGCUGUUUGUUAGCCUAUGAGACAAUUUUGGUGUUUUACACAUCCCUCCCUUACCGGUACCCUGGGAAAGAUGACACCAAUCCCCUACAGAAGAAUUCUCUUCCAAGAAAAGCUAAUAAAUACCUUGGUCCUCCUGUAAACAGAAUCCGUGGAAUCUACAUAAAAUGUUUAUCUUCUUUAGUCUUCUGCUGACCUUCAAAGGUGUUGCCGUGGAGGGUCAUGGCGUGUCAGGUGAAUUAUACUCAUCUCUCACUCACAUGACCGACCUGUUCGUCUUCGACAGAAAGGUCGGGGAAUUGUUGCCAUUUCUCCCGUCUUACUUGCCAGAAGUCACCAGCUACAAGGAGUCGUACUCUUGUCUGAUUCAUGACGUAGUGAGGCUGGCUAGAGGGAGCACUUUGAAGGAGGGGGAUUUCCUGGACGUGGCCAUCACGGGAAAUCCUCUUCAUCUCUUCGCUGUCAUCAAGAGGCUCGUUUUGUACUGGCCGCCCAUCAGACGGUCGAUCGGUACAAUCUUUUCCUCCAACGAGAGCUGCGCAGACAAAAACCAGAACUGUAGAUGGUGGGCCAAAUGGUCGGAAUGCUCCAAUAAUCCCACCUUCAUGAUGGUGAACUGCCAAGAGUCAUGUGGGUUUUGUGGGAAGCCAGAACUACGCGAGAGAGUAUCGUCGAUAAAUGAACUGGAGGAACGAACAGUGCUGCCAUCUAUCAACGACUUGCGAGGAGCUUCUUUGGCCCUGGCCAGACUGCAGCAGAUCUACAGGAUACCAAUACCAAACUUGGCUACAGGAACAAUCGCUAAUGUCACCACUUGCGUCAUCCUAAGCGUGUACGACUGCAUAAGGAUUGCCAACGAGAGUCACGAUGAGGGUCAGUAUGCAAAUGCAUGGCUGUGGUACAAUUUCGCAGGAGCAAUUGCAACUUCGCCAGAAAUGAAGGGACUGAUUGCUGGCCUCAAAGGCCCUCUUGCUCGUGAGCAUGACGAAGAUCUUUCGACCAUUGACGGCCGAUGUUUCCCAUACCCUCUCUCCCAGUAUGAAAUCCAGGAACCCACGGACAGUCAAUAUUUUUCCUUGUGUCGAGGAAACUCAUUUUUGAGCAACGAGGCUGCAGCUAGUCUCAAAUGCUACAUUUCAUCUCGAGGAUCACCGUACCUGAUUCUCCGACCCAUCAAGGUCGAGCAAGUGCUCCACGAUCCUGAGAUGUACGUCUUUUACGAUGUGAUCUCAGACAAUGAAGUUCAGGCCAUCAAGGACGUUGCGAGGGAACAGUUAGCUAGGUCGACGGUGCUCUCACAUUCGGGUGCAGUAGAGCUGCGAGUCUCCCAAACGGCUUGGUUGCGAAACACAAGUCACCCCUACUUUGCGGCGAUGGCCAAGCGCAUCUCCGCCAUCACUGGACUAAAUGUCUUUGAGGAUGAGGGAAACUUCUUUGCCGGGGAACCUCUACAGGUAUUGAGUUACGGUAUCGGUGGCCACUACAUUUAUCAUCUGGAUGCUUUAUGGAAAUAUGAUCUACCUGAAAAUUGGGAAAAUCACAGGGAAAAGUUCGCUGAUUUCGAGAGUGGUGAUCGGAUAGCAACGUGGAUGUUCUAUCUUUCAGAUGUCGAGGCUGGGGGCAGGACAGCUUUCCCCAAAGCAGGGGUUUCGGUAACGCCCGUGAAAGGAUCCGCCGUUUUUUGGUUCAACCUGAAGAGGAAUGGAGAGGUGAAUCCAAGGUCCGAACAUGGUGGAUGCCCGGUCUUGCUGGGUCAUAAAUGGGUAACAAAUAAAUGGAUCCGAGAAGCCUCGAACUUCAUGAGAAGGCCUUGUAAUCUCAGUGAGCAUGAGUGAGGGAGGGCAAACGAGGUGUCAUCAAAGAGGUCGAUACUUCUGUAUUCUCGAAAUGAAGAAACUUUGCAGCAUCGUCGAAUGAAAGAUCUCGCCCGAGCAAUACAAGGGAAUCAUGACUUUUCGAGAAUCCUUGGAAACUUCAUAAUGAACCCCUUAAGCAUUUGUUUAUUAAUAAAAUUAAAAUGUUA